GCUGAGCUCCUCUCUCACACUCCGGACCACAUCAUAACUUUUAGGAGGUGGGGAAACGGCACCGACUUCUCCUUCGUUUACGGUAGCAGAAUCGAGAAGGACGCGCACCGGGGGCCCAAUGGAGAAAUCUAAAAACUUUCGCAUUGACGCUCUUUUAGCAGUAGAUACACCCAAGGUGCAGACCUCUCCGCUUGCGCUUGUCACUUCCCUGUCCUCUUCCUCCAUCCCGUCGUCUGGAAGUGUGACAGCCCAGGAGCUGAGCGCCGAGUCUUUACGCACUGAGACGCCGUCUCCCCCGAGGAUCUCCAACUGCGGGUUGAUUCCUAAACCAGGUUUCCUGAACAGUCCGCACAGCAUGGUUGGAUUACAUCCGCAGAGUACCGCAGGGAUCCCCGCACAGGCUCUCUACGGCCAUCCUAUGUACACCUACUCCGCAGCUGCCCUCACAGGCCAACACCCUGCCCUGUCCUACUCCUAUCCACACGGCUCCCAUCACCACCACAGUGAUCCCAUCAAACUGACAGCCAGCACCUUCCAGCUGGACCACUGGCUCCGGGUCUCCACAGCCGGGAUGAUGCUGCCCAAAAUGUCUGACUUUAAUUCUCAAGCUCAGUCUAACUUGCUUGGCAAAUGCAGAAGACCAAGAACUGCAUUCACAAGUCAGCAGCUGCUGGAGCUGGAGCAUCAAUUCAAACUGAAUAAGUACCUGUCACGACCGAAGCGCUUUGAAGUGGCUACGUCCCUCAUGCUGACAGAAACUCAGGUUAAAAUCUGGUUCCAGAACAGACGCAUGAAGUGGAAGAGAAGUAAGAAGGCCAAAGAGCAGGCCGCCCAGGAGGCCGAGAAGCAGAAAGGCAACAAGGGCGGCCAGGAGAAAUCUGACGGACUCGAACAGUCGGACUAUAAGAGCAAGACAGACUCAAAAAAUGGCAGAAUAAGAGACUUUCGAGAUAGUGAUGAUGACGAAGGCGAUACUUUCCUGUACAACUCGUCAGACUGCUCCUCAGACGACGAGAGGAAUCACACCAGUGACAUAAGUCCGCAGCCUUGAAGCUGAAGAAGGGCGAAGGUGGCGAUCUCCAUUUAUAAUGACUGUGGGGGGGCAUGUAAUCCAACCUCUAAUCAUUAAUUAGCAAUUUUUUGUCAUGAAAAGAAUUACAUUUAGGUCAAGAAUAGAUAUGUGUGUCAUAAACAAGCAAUAAAGCAGGAUAUUUAAGUUUUAUAAUAGGAGCGUCAUUCAGCACCCUAUAGGUAAACUGUGACAUGCUGCAUGGUUUAUAUGCAAACGCUGUAAACUGGCUCAGGACUUGGCAAUCUUUCCCUGCUGUGAUGGUUAGUUUGUCAGCAAUAACCUUUCAAUAAUAUCCUAUAGCCCACACAAAUAGUCCGCUGCCAUAUGUCUUAUUCUGACCUUAUUUUGUUCUCUGUGGUGUUCCGUAUAGUGUGUCAUAUCACGCUGAAAAAAAAUGUUAUGUUUAUUUUUCUAUACUGUAUUUAUAAAACGGUCAUACCAGUGCAUGCUAAAUUAUUGUUUAGCGUUUCUCUUGGUGCAAACAAUGUGAAAUAAAAUGU